AUGGAUUUCAAGAACACACAUCCUAGACUUUUAAGCAGAGUGUCUGAUGAAUCAAGUAAAUCCUCAUCUGAGUCGACGGAAACCUUCCUAGGUUUCAUUGAAUCGCCUCCUUCUGUCAUUACCUUUCCAAGACCGAACUCUACCUUUCCAUUGGAUAAAUUUGUGCCAGAUGAGAAAGGCUCGAGAGAACAACUCCUGCAACAUGAACGACGGUUCAGCGAUCUUCAGGUACCGUUGGUGUCAGAAAAUAAAACCGUCUCGACUUGGAAAUGGAUACCAGUCUUCUGCGGAUUAUCCAUAGGGGCAUUUCUAGCAGGACUUGAUGCUACCAUAGUCGCCGACGCACAGGGACCUAUUUUCCAAAGUCUAGGAGAAAUUGAAAAGGUUGCUGGUGUUGGUGUGGCUGAUCCACUUGGAUCUGGAGCCACUAUUCUACUUAUCGGUUCUUGCUAUGGUAUUUUCCAAAUUAAAUACAUGUACAUGUUUAGUAUGUUGUUUUUUGAGGUAGGAAGUGCGAUUUGUGGAGCUUCGAAUUCGAUGAACGCUAUGAUAGUUGGACGGGUUAUGGCGGGUAUUGGAGGAGCGGGAAUUGAUCUAGGAGCUCUUGAUUACCUAUCUAAGUUCACACCUCCACGUACAAGACCUAUCUACAACGCAAUUCUUGGAAUCUCCUUUGGACUCGGCAACAUUCUUGGUCCAGUAAUUGGCGGCGCUUUUGCGAAUACUCCGGCUCUCGGGUGGCGUUGGUCUUUCUAUAUCAAUCUCCCUCGCGGCAAUCAUGGCUCCCCCAUUCCUCAUUUUUUUGCCGAAACACAACCCCAUGCCUUCUAUCUCAAUCUCACAGAAACUCAAACUCAUUGA